GUUCGCAUGUGUCAAAUCAACAACACAUGCCAUCACACUUAGCUCGUCGUCUCUAUCGCAUCGAACACAUGAGCAUUGUUUUGCAAGCAACACACAUUCGUUUGACAUUACACCGUGUGGAAGAGUGUGAUUACUGCCGUGUGUAUCGAUAUACACGUGCUAGGCAGAUACAACUUUAAAUUCACUUAAAUACAAAUUAAUUGCGAGUUUAGAAUGACGAAAUUACAAGUGCUUUAUGAGCAUGCAGCUGGCUAUGCACUAUUCAAAGUGACACAAUUUGAAGAAGUGGCCGUAUUGUUGCCACAGCUCGAAUCGUCCGUCAUCGAUUUGGCAAAGUUCAAUUCGCUGGUAAAAUUGGUUGGAUUUUCACCAUUCAAAACGGCCAUUUCAGCAUUGGAAAAUGUCAACUCCAUUUCGGAAGGUAUUUUACCGGAGGAUUUGGCUUUGUUUUUGGACGGUUCCAUAACGUCAAAGGAAAAAGUAACAUUGGGUGUUGCUGAUGCCAAAUUGGGCGCUGCCAUCAAUGAAUCGCUAGGUAUUAAGACAACACACAUCGGUGUUGUGCCGGAGGUUUUGCGUGGCGUUCGUUUCCAUUUCCAUAAUUUGGUAAAAGGAUUCACCAAUAAAUCGGCUGGUGUGGCACAAUUGGGUUUGGGUCACAGUUAUUCACGUGCUAAAGUCAAGUUCAAUGUGAACCGUGUCGACAACAUGAUCAUUCAAUCGAUUGCAUUGCUCGAUCAAUUGGACAAAGAUAUCAACACAUUUUCAAUGAGAAUCCGUGAAUGGUAUUCGUACCAUUUCCCAGAAUUGGCUAAAAUUGUUACCGAAAAUUACAAAUACGCCAAAGUAGCACAGUUUAUCAAGGACCGCAAAACAUUGAACGAUGAGAGUGUUGAUGCAUUAGAAGAGAUCCUUAUGGAUACGGCCGCUGCAAAAGCCAUUGUUGAUGCAUCAAAAAUGUCCAUGGGUAUGGAUAUUUCCGUCGUUGAUUUGAUCAAUAUUGAAAUGUUUGCCACACGCGUUGUCAACUUGUCCGAAUACCGAAAACGUUUGGCCGAAUAUUUGCACACCAAAAUGAGCAGUGUCGCACCAAAUUUGCAAGUUUUAAUUGGUGAUCAGGUUGGAGCUCGUUUAAUUUCACAUGCCGGCAGUUUGACCAAUUUGGCCAAGUAUCCAGCAUCGACAGUUCAGAUUUUGGGAGCUGAAAAAGCCCUGUUCCGUGCACUGAAAUCACGAACAAACACACCAAAAUAUGGUUUGCUCUAUCAUUCCACAUUCAUUGGUCGUGCUGGUCUGAAGAAUAAGGGACGCAUUUCGAGAUUCUUGGCAAAUAAAUGUUCGAUUGCAUCACGUAUUGAUUGCUUCUUGGAAACGCCAACCAGUAUUUACGGAAGCAGUUUGAAGCAACAAGUCGAAGAUCGCUUGAAGUUCUAUGAAUCAGGCGAAGCUCCACGAAAGAAUGUCGAAGUUAUGGAGGAGGCAAUGGCAUUGGCUGAAACAGAAGUCGGUGAAAUUUCAAUAAAGAAAAAGAAAAAGAAGGACAAGAAACGCAAGUCAGAGGCUGCUGACGAAACAUUUGAGAAUGGCAACGGUACAUUGAACACAACAAACGGCAAUGAUGACGAAAAUGGUGACGAUACCCUCAAUGGCGAGCCAAAGAAAAAGAAGAAGAAGAAGAAAAACAAGAACAAAAACAACGAGGAGUAAUUUUUGUGUUUUUUUAAUUCUUGGGAAAUGACUUUUAAGCGUCAUUUAGGAGUGGCGUUCAAAUAAAUCCAGAAUCUUUGAUUACAAAGACUUCACAUAAAUUUCAUUAGGAUUAACAAGAGUUUUUCAACCGAUAUCAACUACAAAUGAACUUGAAUACUGAAAGAUAUUUGUACUUUCGGUUUCAUUUACUACAUUUUGGAAUAAAAGUUUAUAUUUUUUUUUUGAAUGAAAAAAAUAAUCGUACAAUAAAAUGAAUAAAACCAUAGAAAA